AGCUGAGUGUAAGAAGGAUUGUCUUCUCUUUUAAAGUGAGAAGAUCGUUUUUAAAGAGAAGACAAUUGUGCCGUUGUGAUGACCAAUAUCAAAACUGGCAGUCUGACAAGUAAUGGGAGUACCACAAUGAAUGUGGAACAUGAAAUUAGCCUCUUAGUUGAGGAGAUUCGGCGGCUGGGAACCAAAAAUGCUGAUGGACAAGUGAGUGUGAAAUUUGGUGUGCUGUUUGCUGAUGAGAAGUGUGCCAACCUCUUUGAAGCCCUGGUGGGAACGCUGAAGGCGGCAAAACGACGGAAGAUCGUCACUUACCAAGGAGAGCUGCUUUUACAAGGUGUUCAUGACAACGUGGAUAUCAUGCUGCUGCAGGACUGAGGCAGUGUUUCAGCUCUG